GAGAUUUAGGGUUUCUUCUGCGGCCAAGACGUAAGAAUUCAGGGUUUGGGCUUGAAGGGAGCUGCAACAAUGGUGGAGAAGGCGAACAAAGGAAGAAAGGAGGAGGUGGUUACGAGGGAGUACACCGUUAAUCUCCACAAGCGCUUGCAUGGCUGCACUUUCAAGAAGAUGGCUCCCAAGGCCAUAAAGGAAAUCAGGAAGUUUGCCCAGAAGGCAAUGGGGACAACAGAUGUUAGAGUGGAUGUGAAGCUGAACAAGUUAAUAUGGAGUCGUGGGAUUCGGAGCGUACCAAGGCGUGUCAGGGUGCGCAUUGCUCGAAAGAGGAAUGAUGAAGAAGAUGCCAAGGAGGAGCUCUACUCAUUGGUAACAGUAGCAGAAGUUCCACCUGAAGGACUCAAGGGUUUGUGUACCAAGGUCAUUGAAGGAGAAGAUUGAACUUGCUGGCACUACCGCACUAUAGGGUUUUUUAGGUAAAUUAAAUUUUUGAUCUUAUUUUUGUUCAAUUCAGGGACUCUGGUUUUGUUUAUUAAUACAUUAGGGUUUUCUGCCGCCAAAUGAAUGUAACUUGGAGUAUUGUGAGAACUCUAUCUUGUUUAGUUUUUCCCCUUUAUUGAGAACUGUUUAUCUGUACCUUUGGUACUUAACAAUUUGAAUAUCGAUUAUGGAGUGUAAUUAGCUUCUGCUUUAUCGUUCA